AUGAAGCAGUCAGAUUGGCCUGUUGUUGUGGCCAUUUGUGUAUUGAUAUUAUCAGUAAUUUCUUCACAUACUGCAGACGCCUCGUAUGCCAACCCGUCAGCUGAUAUCCCGGGAAUACCACCAGACGACGCCAACGUAACCAACGUAGAAUAUUGCAAGCUGCUAGCAUAUUCUUUGUAUUUCUACGAAGCUCAGAGAAGUGGCAAGUUACCAAGUGACAACAGAGUUUCUUGGAGGCAUGACUCGGCGCUAUAUGAUGGGCAAGACGUUGGCGUGGAUUUGACCGGAGGUUAUUAUGACGCUGGAGACCACAUGAAAUUUACCUUUCCACUAUCAUGGAGUCUUACCUCUGUGUCAUGGGGAGCGCUAGAAUGGUAUCAGGGCUACAGUGUUGCUAACCAGACUGGAUAUCUGAGGGCUAUGCUAAAAUGGGGAACGGACUGGCUUAUAAAAGCGAAUCCUGUGAAAAAUGUGUUGUACGCUCAAGUCGGGAAAGGCGAUAUUGAUCAUAAUUAUUGGGUCUUUCGUCAAAAAUAUAAUGAUACCUCGUAUGCAGAUUUACUUGUAUCUCAUGCGAUAGAUCUGUAUGAGUUUGCGGAACUCAUACCAUUUGCAAAAUAUUCAGACUCGAUUUCCGAUUCCAAAGAGUUUUAUGGAUCCAGUCGAUACACUGAUGAUUUAGUCUGGGGAGCACUCUGGUUGUAUAAUGCUACCGGCAACUCGACAUAUUUUACGAAAGCCACAAAUUACAUCGAUCAAUUCUCAUUGAUAGGAUCAGAAGAGGUCAUUAAUUGGGAUGAUAAGAUGGGAGCUGCUUUCAUUCUUUUAGUCAAAUUUACGCGGGAAGCCGGACAGGACCCCGCAAAAUGGCAGCGGGUGACUGAAAAUUACUUGGAUGCAAUGAUAACAAGCAACUGCCAAUUAACAAAGGGUGGUCUCCUUUAUUGCGAUGGAGACAGCGAUGCGGCGUCACUUAAUCCAGCGCUCAACUUUGCAUUUGCGUGCCUUGCAUAUGCUCCUCAGGCAAGUUCAUCGGCCAAAGCAACAAGUUACAGAAACUUUGCCUUUUCGCAGAUUGACUAUACUCUUGGGAAAAAUCCAAUGAAGACACCCUAUGUGGUUGGAGUACACCCAAAUUCACCUCGGAAUCCACACCAUUCUGGCGCGCAUGGGGGAACUGACAUUGAUCACCCAAAGAAUAAUUUGCACAUAAUUUACGGAGGUGUUGUUGGGGGACCAGAUAAAAAGGACAGGUUCCUGGAUGACAGAACAAAUUAUAUACAAUCCGAGGUGGCUUUGGAUUACAACGCACCUUUCCAAGGCAUAGUGGCUUAUCAGGUUGUUAAUGCCCAGUCACCACCCUACUACGUCAACGUUCCGCCUGGCAGACCAAAACCAAAGACUAGACUUAUCAUUGGUAUCGUUGUUGGAGCAGUAGUUUUCAUUUCAAAAGUGGAAAACGACAGGUCGAACCACUUGGCGACUUCAGUUGUGGCAAACUCUAUCAACGAAUCUGCUUUCAUUGCUGCUGCUCCUAUAGAACUCUAUUCCACAAAGUAUUACUGGACUUGUGCUCUAGGAGGAGUCGCGGCCUGUGGAAUAACACAUGCAUUGGUGACGCCCUUAGAUCUGGUCAAAUGUAGAAAGCAGGUCGAUCCAACUAUUUACAAAAGCAACUUUGAUGGCUGGGUCAAGAUUUAUCGCGAGCAUGGCGCCGGUACGCGCGGUCUGUAUACAGGAGUUACGCCUACAUUUAUUGGAUAUUCGUUUCAAGGAGCUGCAAAGUACGGGUUUUAUGAAUUGUUCAAAAAGAAAUACAUAGAUCUGGCUGGUGAGGAAACUGCCCACAAGUAUCGUACUACGCUUUAUCUGGCUGCCAGUGCAAGUGCUGAAAUCCUUGCAGAUAUCGCGCUAUGUCCUUGGGAAGCACUGAAAGUGAGAAUGCAGACCGCAACGACGCCGUUUGCUACGUCAACAGUCGAUGGAUUUAACAAGAUUCUCAGACAUGAGGGCGUAAAUGGCUUUUAUAAAGGACUGCCUCCUCUCUGGGGACGCCAAGUUCCGUACACUAUGAUGAAGUUCGCCUCAUUCGAACGCACCGUGGAAUUUAUUUACUCAUAUUUGAGCAAACCCAAACAUGAAUAUAACAAAUUGGAACAGUUGGGUGUUUCGUUCCUCGGUGGAUAUAUAGCAGGAGUAUUCUGUGCUAUCGUCAGUCAUCCCGCCGAUACUUUGGUGUCCAAGCUUAACAACGUCAAGAAAGCAGAAGGCGAGUCGACAGCCGCACUUUCGCUACGUCUCAUGAAAGAUCUCGGCUUUAAAGGCAUUUGGCGUGGUCUUGGUACACGUGUGAUUAUGAUUGGCACGCUCACUGCUCUUCAAUGGCUCAUAUACGACUACGUUAAGGUCUACGCUGGACUUCCAACUACAGUCGCGUUGGUAGGGAUGAGAGGUGUACGAUCGACCGCCGUUGAUACACAAGACUAUGUUGACUGGCUGCUUUAUUCAUUCGACGAAGAGGAAGAAGUUGAACAGCUGCUUGACGAAUUGUUCUAUUACUAA